AUGUCUGACUUUAAAGAAUGGCAGGGCCUGAGUGUGUAUUCCGGCGACGUUAUAUCACACUCUUUACCUAAGGACACUUUAACACAUUUCAAUUUGGAAGUCUUAAGAAAAAUAUUAAACAGAAGGACUGGCUCCAAUGAUUUUGAUUUAAACUCCAUUGCUGGCGACUACUCGGUCAGAUAUGCCCUGAACUAUGUUCUAAGCAACUUUGCACUGCGAUUUGACAGGCAGUUAACCAGCUUCAUUCGAUCUAAUGACACGUCCCGCUUUAGCGGAAAAAGUAAAAUCAGAUUACACAGGAUGUUCAACAGCGAAUUGCUCUUGAUGUAUCUGAAUCCGAAUGUUUACAGGGAGUUUGGAAACUCGAAUCAACCUAGUUACUAUCACCUGUUUUUGUCACUUUUGAGUUCGGUAAACGCAGUCAUUGUGGAAUCCAGUGAGCCUAACUUGGCGGAGUUGAAGGCGUCCUGCCAUAACAUGGAUUCCUGUUCAUUUUCGAGAGUCAGCGACGGAUACAUUAACGAUAUGCUGAAGUUCUACAGAAGGAUCGGAGCUUUGGAGCUGAGCGAGGAUUACGUGUUCGGAUAUGAAGGGGUAAGAGGCGUAUCUUUGUUGGACAAGAAUAAGUUAACGAACGUGGGAGGCGCCACUUCCGACAUAGGAUUCUCCUUUUCUCCGUCUGGCUUCCUGAUUCCGUACCAUUUGGGCGUACUCAGUUACCUCUGUGAGCAUAACGCAAUCAAUUGCACGGUUCCGAUAGCAGGAGCAUCGUCAGGAUCACUUUCCGUAUGCUCGAGUGUGAUUCUAAACGGGUUUAUCAACUGUAUGAAUGUAGUAGAGCGCUUUUCGAAAAGGUUGAGGUCAAUGAAUCGGAAAAAAUUAGAUAAGGGAUCGGUGAAAGAAGCUGAUUCCGAAGAUAAAGAACAGGCUAAAAACUUAGAUGACUUAGUCAGGAUCGGCCUAUCAGAAAUUUUGAAAGAAGGCUCUCACCAAUUUAUAAAUGAAAGAAUAGGAGCAUUGACAGUUGGGUACUCGGUGAUUAGAAGACUGAGGUUUAAAACUAUGUUGAACUCGCACUUUCUGAGCGUCCCAGACCUGAUCGACUGUCUAAGGGCCAGUUCAUACAUUCCCUUGGUGUCCUCUAAGGACUUUGUGUACUAUAAAGGGGAGCCCUGCUACGACGGACAGCUUAGCCUGAAUAGGAGUUUUGGAUGCCCGGAAACUAACACUACAAGAGUAGUCAGAGUUAACCCGUACAAUUUUACGUCCAGCUCAAUAAAUAAGCAGAGGUUAUUGAACGAAUACAUAACGCCGCACCUGACGACGAGUGAUAGAUUCUUAGCAUAUUACGUACGGCUAAAGUCGAUAAUAUAUCAGUUGUACAUCAGAAGGCUGACGCUUGAAACCCUGAACAUGGUUUCGGAGUUUAAAAAUGAACUCAUUCACGCAAUUAACCUGUAUAACCACGUUGCAAAGCAGUCGAUACCGAAGGUAAAAGUUGACCGCUCAAAGCUGACAAGUUACGUCGAGACGAGAGAAUAUUCGAAACUGUCGGCUUUAUGGAGCUCUAGAAGUAUGAUGGACCUGUUUGUGCUGGUCUCAAACUACGAGAACACAGUGGAAGUUGACAAGUAUAACCUCAGGAAGUAUGAGGCGGCCGAGAACACGGAUAUCGUUAAAACGCUGGGGUCGUCCAAGUUUCUGAAGAGGCCCAUACACACCUCGCCAGUGUCGCUCCUGACGUACCUGUACCUGCAGUUGGCGCAGUUUUUAGGGCGUUCAGUGACUGAAUACAUCCAGGAUGACCCUUCCUCGUUUGUGUCCCAAUAUAGUAGCAUCUGUGGCACGCACCAGGUGGACGACUCAGCGCGCAGGGCCAGUAACUUGGUGAAUCUUUUGACCCUGCUUGUCCCACCCUUGCUAUUAAUUUACAACUAUUCCGCUUCCACUGGACUGCUUUGCAAUAAUGUCCCCAAAAAGGAGCAGUUUAACAUAUCCUUGUAUUCGUCCGACGAGUAUCAGUUGAGGUUUUUCUACGACCUCGGGAAAACAGACGCUUUCCGUUGGAUUAUUAAGGAAUACGUCAAAUUUGAAAACUAUCUUUACUUGAGGAUUCUGCAACUCAUGAAGUGCAGCGACAAUCACAACACUUCACACAAAUUAGAAAGUCCCAAUUGUUUCAACAAUUCACACACGGAUACGCUGUUACACAAUAAGCAAAGGAAAUUGUUGACUGAUAAUUUGAUCUUGGUCACCCAGGAUAACUUGGAUGAGCAGCUGACCAGAGAUUCUGUAUACUAUAGAUUGUUUUCGGAGCUUAACAACGCAGUUCGCAGUGUCAUUAUGGAUAACUCUAUUGACUCGCACUUUUCACACAUUCUCUCACACUCACACUUCUGGAAUUACAACAAACAAUACAGAUUUUAA